AUGAUUGUUGGUGUUCCCUUUAUCAGCAUGGUUGGUGUUCUACCGUUCUUGGUUGUAAGUAUCGGCAUAGACGAUGUUUUUAUUAUUCUACACGAACUUAAUGAAAUGAUCCGUCAAGAUUUGCCUGCGAUGCAUAUGUUAAGUGGGACAAUGGCUAGAAGUGGUCCAACUAUUACCAUGACAACCCUUACUGAUCUUGUAGCAUUUGCCGUUAGCAGUAGUUCCAUCUUCCCUUCGAUUCGGCUUUUCUGCACUUACACAGCUGUUGCAAUUUCAUCUGUUUUCAUUCUGUUGCUGACAUUUUUUGUUGGUUGCAUGUGGUUCGAUAUUAAAAGAAUCAACGCUCGACGCAGAGAUUUCUUGCCUUGCCUAAUGAGUCCUCCUCCAACUGAUUGUUGCUUUGGAAUUCGGAGAAGUGGCUUUGACAACCUUUGGAAUUUAUGGCGCUUUGGCCUCGAUGAAAGUUUUAACAGGAAGUGGUUAACAACGAAAGAUUCACAUUUCCGAAAAUUCCUAAAUGUUUAUGAAGAAAACUUUAACCUUAAUAUCGAAGUUAGCAUAAUUUUCCCAGAAAAACUGAUCACUCGAGUAUUGAAAUUCAGAAAAUAUACUCCCAAGUUGAAACUCUAG